CUUACCGCUGGUGCUAAGCAUUGUGCAGUUGACAGCUGUGUACCUCUCUGGCUUCCUGCUUUGGCGAGCGAGUGCUCAUAAAAGGAGAUAAUGAGUAGAGGGAGCGAGCACAUCCAGCUCCUCUGAAGGUUCCAAUGGCACUUCCAUAAGCCAUCAAGGCACAUAUUGGUUCCCUUCCAUCUGAAGUUAAUUCCAGUAGUUCUUGUUGUUGCAAACUCGCCGGUGGUAUGGGUGGCACCUUGGAGUACAUGACUGGACUGUUAGGCGGUAGAAAUCAUCAUGGCGUCAAGAGCAACGAAAGGAGGCAGCUGCAGACUGUUGAGCUCAAGGUUAGGAUGGAUUGUGAAGGGUGUGAGCUCAAGGUGAAGAAUGCCCUCUCUUCCCUGAAAGGCCUUGAAUCGGUGCGCAUAAACAGGAAGCAGCAGAAGGUGACGGUGAAGGGUCGCGUGGAGGCCGGCAAGGUGCUCAAGAAGGCGCAGUCCACCGGCAAGAAGGCCGAGCUGUGGCCCUGCACCACGGUGAGCAUGCCCUACGUUGCUGCUUCGUAUGACAGGCGGGCCCCGCCUGGCCAUGUCAGGAGGGUGGAGCCCACCGCAAUGCCCUAUGUGUCCUCGAGCCACGUCAGCAGGCCAGAAGACCGGCUGACCGACAUGUUCAACGAUGACAACCCCAACGCCUGCUCCGUCAUGUGACUGAAAUGAACAAGAGACAGAAAUGCCCGCACCAUCAUUUUACCUCCGUCCUUGCUUCUGUUCUGCAUGUUGUCCAAUUGACACGAUUGGUUAUGUGAUUAACUCAACUCAAGAGGCAGAACCGCAGCACACUAUAGUAGUAAUACAUACCUGAUAAUCGGCAUUUGUGGGCGCGCGGGCGCACACAUAUUCACCUGCCUUGCCGUUCCUUUUGUUUUUUCUAUCCCUUUUCCUUUUCUGCCGACAUGAUAAGUGUCCAAACACCAAGUGUCAUGCUUAUGAAAUGCUCUAUUGGCAAGACAAGGUUCCGUAAAGAAAACAUAUUUCUGGUUA